UCCACCACCCAACAGAGUGUGCCCAGCGGACUCAAGCGGAAUGCCGAUCAAUAUAUGGCGUUUAUCAAGCUGCAUGAAAAGCAGGGCGCCAGUAGUGAUGCCAUGCCCACCCAUUCCAACAAGAAACAUUUUUGCUGAAUUUGCAAUUAUUUUUGAUUUUGGCUUAGAUUAAAUCAGCCAACCAUUGGCUGAUCAGAGAUCAAUGUCUUUUCUUGUAUUGAGUGCAGCUUAGUCUUCAGUCGAGAGGUAUAGCAGGCCGGCUACUAGGCCCAGUCCGAUAUAUCGUGGGGCCACGCUUAAGUAAGCUUAUCGGCUACAAGUAUGCACCAAUAUCUCAAGGAUUGUAGCCACAGCCACAGCCCAAGCUCAGGCUCAGACCAUUAAGGGCGGGCAGAAGUGCAAGGGCUCUGGCACGGGCACAGACACGGGCUCGGAGUCAUUGCCAAGAUGCUCGACAGAAAUUAAAUGUCGCUCAAAUGAAAGGAAAAUCAUUGCCAGCUGCUUCGGAAAUGGAUACUGCAAUAAAUAUGUCUAGGAGGCUGAGGCUGCUCUUGUGACUGAGGUUGGUCCUUCCUCUUCAGUCAGUUUCAUUCAAUCAGAGUCCUCAGAACGACGAAAACCUCGAAUCGAAGUGUCUGUCUAGCUGCUUGCAACAGAGAAUCAAUUUACAUAUGCGGCUAGAGCACACUGUGGAUUGUGUUGGGACAGGGACAAAGUAGAAUCAGCAUGCGGCCGUUAUAUCUCGCUCACUCCGCCAGGUGGCGAACGCACACUGAUCAGGGAAGAGCGAAAGAGAUAGCAGGCGCUGUGAGCGUCGGAGAUUCAGACACUGGAAUUCAUUUUCUUUUAUUCAAAUCUAAUCCGCAUAUAUAACGUAAUCCUGGCACCUGCAUGGAGGUAUGGCAUCCAGGUCUAUGGUAUCGCAGCGAAAACGAACCUGGACAAGAUCAGGGUGUUUCAGAACAAGACCCCCCGAAAUAUCUGUGGUGCUGAAUGGUAUGUCCGUAAUAGAGACAUCGCCAAAGACCUUGAAGUCCCCUCAGUCGGUGCCAUUAUUAACGAACAAGCCACAAGAUACUUGACCAAACUAAGGAGCCACCCGAACGUCCUCGCUAGAAGAUUGGUUGGGAGCAGAACCAGGCGAAGGUUAAACCGCAUCCAUCCGUCCGAGUUGGCCACCAGGAACUUAUAAAUUAUUGUUGCACAAUGUCCGUUUUCGUCCGUUUUCGUCCUUUUUCGUCCGUUUGCGUCCGUUGGUCCCGCAUUUAACUUAAAAUAGUAAAUUGUAAAUAUAAAUUUCCUUGACCCUUAACAAAAGUUGCUAAUAACAGAAACAGUACGUUAAGUAUUUGUCUGUGAUAAUUGCUUACAAUGAACCCAAAAAAAAUAAAAAAAUAAAAAAAAAGAUCCAAAUCACACGCUUACUUGGCUACACUUUUUGUACGUUUAGCAGAGGAAACCCAGCAGGCUGGCCAGUAGCCUUGAGCAACAAAUUCGACUGGGAAUAUUCAGUUAGUCAGAUUCGUUGACCGAAUCCACAACCUAGAGUCUACAAAAUUGAAGUCUACAAGUACAAAAUUGAAGUCUACAAGUACAAAAUGGAAGCCUACAAGUACAAAAUUGAAUUGCAAAUGAGCGACACGAGCGGACAACCGGGCAAGAGUCCGGCACCCGAGGCUAAGCCAGAAGGCAGGGAGUUUCUGGAUGAAGGGUCCAAGGAGGAUCUACUGGCGGACACGCAGGUGAUACGCCGGAGUCUGGAGAGCCAACUCGAUAAACUGCGCGAGGAGAAGAGGUGGGCGGAGCAGUGCAAUACCCAGCUUAAGAUCGACCUCGAUAAAAUCAAAAAGCGAUACAACGCCCUGGAGUCGGACUUUGAGGCCAUGGUGUUGGAGAAGGAGCUCAAGAUACAUUCGCUCGAACUGGCCCAGAUUCGAUGCCAGCAGCUGGAGCCAGAGAACGUGAGCCAGCAGCAGUACAUCACGCAGCUGGAGGCCAGGCAGGCGACCUUGGAGAACACCAAUGCCCAGCUGAAUAGGCACUUGAAUGACAUCGUGGCUGAGAUGAGUUCGUUCAAAGAUAUUUUACUCAAGAAUAAUAAGUCUCGCGUGGGUUUUUUUUGUCGAGAUAAUACUGUCACGCUGAAAAAGCAACUGGAAGGGCGGGACAAGGAGAUGCACCUGCUGAUUGAGCAGGAGCACGAGACACUAAAUACCGUGGCCACAUUGUAUGAGGAGAAAACACGACUGCAGCUGCGCAUUGUGAAAAUGGAAAAGGAAUUGGGCGCAGUGAAACAAAAUUUGGCCAAAACCUAUUCGCAGCUACAGCAGAAAAUUAAUCCGUUUAUAGCCAAACAGUAUGCGCUGCGCCUGGAGCUGGAUCGGCACAAAGGCCUCUUGGUAGCUGCCCAAACGGAGGUGGAUCGGUUGACCCAACUGCACGCAGAGACGCAGGCAGGCGAAAUGAGAGCCAGAGAACUGCAGAUGUGGACAAGGCAAAGCUCUUCGAUGUCAAGCUGCAACUCGACGAUUCCCUCACGCUGCAGAGCCUCUGCGCCCGCACCCCAACUGUGGACAUUUCCACCACCCAACAGAGUGUGCCCAGCGGACUCAAGCGGAAUGCCGAUCAAUAUAUGGCGUUUAUCAAGCUGCAUGAAAAGCAGGGCGCCAGUAGUGAUGCCAUGCCCACCCAUUCCAACAAGAAACAUUUUUGCUGAAUUUGCAAUUAUUUUUGAUUUUGGCUUAGAUUAAAUCAGCCAACCAUUGGCUGAUCAGAGAUCAAUGUCUUUUCUUGUAUUGAGUGCAGCUUAGUCUUCAGUCGAGAGGUAUAGCAGGCCGGCUACUAGGCCCAGUCCGAUAUAUCGUGGGGCCACGCUUAAGUGAGCUUAUCGGCUACAAGUAUGCACCAAUAUCUCAAGGAUUGUAGCCACAGCCACAGCCCAAGCUCAGGCUCAGACCAUUAAGGGCGGGCAAAAGUGCAAGGGCUCUGGCACGGGCACAGACACGGGCUCGGAGUCAUUGCCAAGAUGCUCGACAGAAAUUAAAUGUCUCUCAAAUGAAAGGAAAAUCAUUGCCAGCUGCUUCGGAAAUGGAUACUGCAAUAAAUAUGUCUAGGAGGCUGAGGCUGCUCUUGUGACUGAGGUUGGUCCUUCCUCUUCAGUCAGUUUCAUUCAAUCAGAGUCCUCAGAACGACGAAAACCUCGAAUCGAAGUGUCUGUCUAGCUGCUUGCAACAGAGAAUCAAUUUACAUAUGCGGGCAGAGCACACUGUGGAUUGUGUUGGGACAGGGACAAAGUAGAAUCAGCAUGCGGCCGUUAUAUCUCGCUCACUCCGCCAGGUGGCGCACGCACACUGAUCAGGGAAGAGCGAAAGAGAUAGCAGG